AUGGUCCAUACCAUCACUGUCUCCCAGAAGACUAAGGAUGGCCCCUCAUUGGAGCUGUGUUGUGAUGGUUGUGGGGCUGCCGAGAAUAUCUUCCCUGUAUCCACUGAUACUGCCAAGACUGUGGACAAAGUCAUUACAGAACUAAAAGAGAAACUCACCGGCAUUGCCUUCUCUGUUUUCAUCCCCAUUGUGUCUAUCAAGGAUCUGACAUGCUGCCUGGAGAAAGCUGCCAAGUAUGGAAACAUAAAGAAGGUGAUGAAACAGUCAUCAGAGAGCCCACUGAAGGGCACCCGGUGCUACAAUGAGGACCAGGUUGUCUCCUAUGACUUUAAUAGUGACUCCCACUCUUCCAGCUUUGAUGCUGGGGGCAGCAUUGUUCUCAAGAAUAACAUUGUUGAGAGCUUCGAAGCCUGA